CAGUCGUUCAAAAAUCUCAAGCGGAUCGGUCGUGUUGCGGAUGCCCAAAAUCGAAAUUGGUCGCGUUCAAAAGUUAGGCGCGUAAUCAAAGUGGCAAGAAAGUUGAAUAGAAAGAAAACAAACUGCAAAAUAUAUAUAUAAAAAAAAACAAAGGACAUUUUUAACAAAAUUUGUGAAAAGUGAAUUUUCCAAGGACUUGAAAUUGAAUUCAAAGUGAAGAUUGGUAAAAAGUGUGGUACUGUUGAGAUACCAAAAACUACGAACUAAACAAAAAUUGCGCAAGUUUCAAAUGUGGAAAACAAUUUAUGAUUUGGUUUUAACGCACAAGUUGUAAACAAGAAACAGGAUUUUAAACGCGAUUUUAUUAAAGUGUAAAGUGAAUAAUUCGAGGAUUACCAAAGACAUGUUGUCCCAAAGAGUGCAACCCAACUAAAGCGAGGAUAAAACCGAUUUAAACAGGACCUCUGACCUCGCCAACUCAAUCCGAAUCGCAUUGCUCUUGCGGAUUAUAACCACCAGACAUGGAGGACGAACUGCGCUGUCCCACGUGCAAGCAGCUGUACGCCAAUCCGGUGCUGCUGCCAUGUUUCCACGCCCUCUGCCUGGGCUGUGCCCUGGACAUCCAGACGCCGUACAGUCCGGGAUCGGCUCUACCGGGCGCUGUCAACGGAGCGGGUGCAGCUUCGGCAGCGGGACACAAUGGGUUGCAUGGCAAUGGAGGCGGUGCCGGCGGCGGAGCAGCUGCUCCAGUCACAAAUCCCAAUGGACCCGGCACACGGCACAGCUCGCACAGCUCCGCUGCCAGCACGGCCAGCUCGAAUACCGGAAGCGAGAGCGUCACCUCCGACCAGGAUCAGUCGGACAAGGUGAGCAUCUUCAGCGAGGCGGACUCGGGCGUGGUCUGCUGCUCGAACACAUCGCGUCCGGUGUCCUAUGCCGGCACAGGACUGCUGCCAGGAGUGGGCAAUGUGGUGGCACCGCCUGGAGCCGCCUACUGUCUCACCUGUCCGCUCUGCCGCAAGCUCGUCUUCUUCGACGACGGAGGCGUUAGGAAUCUGCCCACCUACCGCGCCAUGGAGGCCAUUGUGGAUCGCUUUUGCGCCCGCGAGGCCCUCCGCUGCCAGAUGUGCGAGACCGAUCCCAAGGUCGCUUCCCUGAUCUGCGAGCAGUGCGAGAUUCGCUACUGCGACGCCUGCCGCGAGUUGACCCACCCCGCCCGCGGACCGCUGGCCAAGCACACGCUGGUCAAGCCGCGCGGCGCCGCCCAGCAGAGGGAGUCCGUCUGCGGGGAGCACGAGGAGACCCUCUCCCAGUACUGCCUCAGCUGCAAGGCUCCCGCCUGCGGACUUUGCAUCGGAGAAUUGCGCCACCAGGCACACGACGUCCAGUCCAUCAACGUCACCUGCAAGGCUCAAAAGACGGAGCUCUCACACAAUCUGCAACAAUUGUCGGAGAAGGCACGUUCCACGACCGAGUUCAUCCAGCGGCUCAAAGGCAUGAGCGACAAAGUCACGGAAUCCUGUAUGGAGUUCGAGCGCCUCGUCCACGCUCAGUGUGAGGCCCUCAUUCAGGCCAUCCACGACAGACGCGAAUAUCUGCUGGAGGCCAUUCGCAUGGACAAGGACACCAAGAUCAGGAUACUCAAGGACCAACAAUCGAAUUGCACUGGCAAGUUGCAGCAAACCACAGGACUAAUUCAGUUCUGCAUUGAAGCUCUAAAAGAGACUGACAGCGCCGCCUUUCUUCAGGUGGGCUCCAUGCUCAUCAAUCGAGUGACCAACACGGACAUGACCUGGCACCAGGAGGUCACCAAUGCCGCCCCUCGAGUCUCGCCCAUUGUUGACUUGACCCUGGAUGAUGCUGCUCUGGCACGUGCCAUAGAUAACUUGAACUUUAUCCAGAUGAGAGCCGUCAAAGAUGGAGAUGAAAGAUGUCCGGCAGCACCCAUGACACCAACUAUACUGCCAUCGGAUUGCUCGGCCGAGAAUAAUUCGGUGACCGUUGCGUGGCAGCCACCAAAUCACUCUUUCGUCGAAGGAUAUGUCCUGGAAUUGGAUGAUGGCAGCGGCGGUGAAUUUAGGGAAGUCUACUGCGGCAAGGAAACAAUUUGCACCGUGGACGGGCUGCACUUCAACUCGAUGUACAAUGCCCGGGUGAAGGCCUUCAAUUCCGCCGGAGAGGGUGAAUACUCGGAGCUGAUUGGACUGCAGACUGCCGAAGUGGCCUGGUUCACGUUUGAUCCCGUUCUGAGCGGUGGAGCCGGUUCUGGCUUAAUCUUUAGCAAAAACAACGCCACCGUGAGCGUCGAGGGCUGGGAACACCGGGUGGCCCUCGGCUCGGUGGGAUUCUCCCGCGGCGUCCACUACUGGGAGUUCACCAUCGACAACUAUACGGCGGACACGGACCCGGCCUUCGGAGUGGCCCGCAUCGACGUGGCCCGCAACAAAAUGCUGGGCAAGGACGAGAAGUCAUUCGCCAUGUACAUCGACCGGCAGCGAUCCUGGUUCCAGCACAACUCCAUACACGAGCGGCGAGUUGAGGGCGGCAUCACCACGGGAAGCACGAUCGGAGUGCUCCUGGAUCUAGAGCGGCACACCCUGAGCUUCCUGGUCAACGAAAUGCCGCAGGGAUCGGUGGCAUUCCGGGAUCUCUACGGGGUCUUCUAUCCGGCCGUGAGCAUCAAUCGAGGCGUCACUCUGACCAUGCACACGGCCAUGGAUGCGCCCAAGAUGGACUAUUUCUAGAGGUGAUCGAACCGGGUGGAGAGUAGCAAAUUGUGUACAUAGAGCUUGACAUUUGGCAGUUAUCGGUGUCUAUAUAUAUAUGUUAGCAUUACCUUAAUACGAACAAUUUACUCAGACAGCUUAUACAUAUAUGGGUGUAUGUGUACGUGUAGUUUUGGGCAAAGUUCAGCGACAUAUCUCCAUUUAAUCGUAUCUCUAUUCGUAGUUUUAGGCACUGUUUGUAAAACGCUGCGCCAAAUCGGAUAGGAAUUAUUCAAAAUAAUUGAAAGCAUUUAAAGGUAUCUCGAUGUAAAAUACAAUAACAAAACUCUCAAUGUUUUUCAACACGAAAAUAGAGCCAAAAAUCAUGCACCGUGCAACAAAAAAAAAGUUAUAAUAAAAUCGCGAACACCAAAAAAAAAAACAAAUCUAAUUUAAACGCAAGCGAAUAAAAACUAAGGUAAAAUCCAAUUAGCAAUUAGUGUAGCUAAAAAUCUGCAUCUGUAUGUCAUCACACGUACGUGUGUUAAGGUUAAUGUUUAUGGCUAACACAAACGCAUUUGUUUGAGGCUAAAAUUAAAUCAAAAUCAACGUGUUUUCGGGUGAGUUUUUAUUUUAAAGACUGAAAAGAACAUGUUUUUUAUAAGUACGUUAGGAAAAACACGACAAAAGUUUGAAUGCGCAAAACUAACCAAGGCAAAAUCAACAAAAAAUUUCCCAAAAAUUAGUAACUUUCAAUAUUUAUGAACACUGCAAAAGCUGCAUAAAACAAAUGUCCCCAAACACGAAAACCAACUUAAAGCCAAGAGUUUCGCUUAUAAAAUCAAAUAUGCAUCGGAAUAUUAAUACUUAAUGUACAACUAAGUUUCCUGUAAAUAUUAAUGUAUUGUUUAAUAAACGUUCGGCUUUUCUAGAUAUUUUCUAUUUAAGGUGUAAUGCAUAAAAUUAAAUUCCAAUGUAUGUACGGACUAUUUAUACUUUUCAACUUAAGCCUAUUUACAGCAAAAACCACAAUUAAAGUUAAUUACCAGUACUAUGCAUGUUUAAAUAUUUAUAAUAGUAAUAAUAGUAAAGUGCAAACAAACCGAAGAGC